UAACAUAUGAUGUCAUCUUUUUAGCGCAGCAUUUGGAAUAAAUGCAGCAGAAUUCUAACGGACCUUCAUUUGUGGGAAUAAGGUUUUGUCAAGAAUGUAAUAAUAUGUUGUAUCCAAAGGAAGACAAAGCUAACAGAAUUUUGCUUUAUGCUUGUCGAAAUUGUGAUUAUAGGGAAGUUGCAGACAAUAAUUGUAUUUACGUUAAUAAAAUUAUGCACGAAAUUAAUGAGCUAACCCAAAUUGUUUCUGAUGUUAUAUCAGAUCCUACUUUACCUAGGACUGAAGACCACCCUUGUCCCAGAUGUGGGCACAAAGAAGCAGUGUUUUUUCAGGCACAAAGUGCUAAAGCAGAAGAUGAAAUGAGAUUGUAUUACGUUUGUACCGACCCUAAUUGUGCUCACAGAUGGACUGAAUAAUCGAACAUACAAGAAAAAAAAAGAAGCUUUUUAUUAUUCAAAUUCGUGUAUAUGAGUUAUAAACUUAUAAAAAUAUGAUUAGACGUGAUAAUUUUAAAUUGAUAUGAUGUAUAAUAAAUAUAAAAAAAUGAUAUAGAAUAG